GAUACUGUGGUCUUCUCCGUUGAACUCGCCGAUCCCGGACUCCGAUUCCUCAUUUCCACCGGAUAUAUUUCCAGAGAGAAUUCUAAUAAGAGAUUUUUGAAGUUUCCGGCUGCACACUCCUCUAUUUUCGUUGCAGUUGUUUCUAUUCAGUUGGUCAAGGGGAGUUACAGUGUUCGAGGCUCGCUAGGGUUUCAUUUUUUGUUAUUUAUUUAUUUGGAAAUUGUUAGUUUUACGUGAAUGUGUGCAUUGCACAGGGGAAGGUAAACUAGGGUUAGUUGAGGGUUUUGUGAAGGGAUGGUGGUGUGACAAUGGCGAGGCUAUUAGGUUUGACGAGAGGAGAGCCAGCUGAGCCCCGGGAGAUCACGCGAAGUAUUCCUACUAGCGAGUCUAUCGGGGAAAGCGGGUGGCUCAUCCGCUUCUUCGAUUCCUCCUUCUUCUGUGAGUGGAUCGCUGUGAGCUAUCUCUACAAGCAUGACCACCCUGGUGUUCGGGACUAUCUCUGCAACAGGAUGUACACGCUGCCACUCUCAGGCAUAGAGAGCUACAUGUUCCAGAUUUGCUACAUGAUGGUGCACAAGCCCAGCCCCUCACUGGAUAAAUUUGUGAUCGACAUGUGCACUAAAUCACUUCAGAUUGCGCUCAAAGUGCAUUGGUUUCUGAUGGCUGAGUUGGAGGACAUCGAUGAUAACGAGGGCAUCAGUAGAAUCCAGGAGAAGUGUCAGACUGCUGCUACCCUGAUGGGGGAGUGGCCGCCCUUGAUAAAGCCACCUAAUGCUCCAACCUCAAGUCCCACAGGAAAGAACCAGAUGCUUAAUAAAUUACUGUCAUCCAAGCAAAGGCUGUUAUCAUUGGCGUCUUCUCCUCCGACCACACAGAGGUCACUGUCAUUUUCACCCAGUUCAGGAAGUCAUUCUCAACAGGAUGAAAAUGGUGGGAGCAAAGCAUCAACUCCCGAGGAGAAUAAGAUACUUAAAAAGCUGAUACCAGGACCAAAAGUACGAGACGCUUUGCUCUUUAGAAAGUCGGUAGAAAAGGAAGACGAGAGCCCAGAUAAGGACAGUUUUCUUAAGAGGCUUUUGAGGGAUAGUAAAGAUGAUGCCAGCAGGAAAACACCAGUAGAUAAAGAUGACGAGGAAUCUGAGAAGGACAGUUUUUUUAAGAGGCUGCUAAGGGAUAGUCGAGAUGAGGAUAGUAAGAAAUUGCCAGGGAAAUAUGAUGACGAGUUAGAGAAGGAUGGUUUUUUCCGAAGGCUUUUGAGUAACAGUAGAGUUGAAGAUUGUAACAAAUCCAUUGAUAAAGAUGAAGAGGAGUCAGAAAAGAAUGGAUUCUUUCGAAGGCUUUUGAGUACCAGUAAGGAUGAGGAUGAAGUUACCAUCAGCACCGAUGGAUUUUUUAAACGUUUAUUUCGUGACAGCAAAAAUGAUGUGGAUGACAAAUCAAACUCAAAAUCUAUUGAGGAUGAUGAAAGUGAGGGUUUUUUCCGGAAACUUUUCAGGGAGAAAUCUGAGGACAAGAAGUUUGGAAGUGAGAGAAAUGAUAAUGAGGAAAAGGCAAAGAAGGUUUCUGAAGAUGAUGACAAAGAAGGGUUUUUCAAAAAAAUCUUCAAAGAGAAAUUUGAGGACAAAAGAGAUGGGAAUGGAAAGAUUAAUGAGGAUGUAAGGGACCAUGUAAAUGCAGAGGAGGAAGAUCCUUCUGAUUUUUCAUUGUUCCGACGUUUGUUUCGUGUGCAUCCCGAGGAAUCCCAAGUGGCAACAGCUAAUGAAAGUAGUAUUAGCAGUAUUUUGCAUGAGAGCAGUCCCGGAACUGAGAAUUUUUUCCGUAAGCUCUUUAAGGACCGUGAACGCUCAGUAGAAGAUUCUGAGCUUUUUGCUUCAAAAAAGAACAAAGAGAAGCGCCCUGGCUCCCCAAAACAGCAUGAUAAGCCAACUUCUAAGCCUCCACUCCCAAAUAGUGGUGUAUCACAAAUAAGGAAAGGGGCAUACCAUGAGUCCCUUGAUUUCGUGCAAUCAUUAUGUGAUACUUCUUAUGGGUUGGUAGAUAUUUUUCCAAUUGAAGAUCGCAAAAGUGCUCUCUGUGAGUCCCUUGCUGAAAUCAAUGCGCAUUUAGUUGCUGCUCAAAAUAAUGGAGGUGUAUGUUUCCCCAUGGGAAAGGGAAUGUAUCGUGUUGUUCAUAUACCCGAAGAUGAAGCCGUUCUCUUGAAUUCUAGGGAAAAGGCACCUUACUUGAUUUGCGUUGAAGUUUUAAAGUGUGACACUCCUAGUUUUAAAGAUGCUCCAAAUAUGCAAAAGCUUUCGAAGGGAGGGAUUCCCCUUGCAAAUGGAGAUGCUUUAUUGCCAAAACCACCACCUUGGGCAUGCCCUUUGUGGACGGGACAUGAUACAUACCACAGUGGUUAUGAUAGGAUGUCAAGAUCUACUUCACAAGCAAUAGACCAAGCAAUGACCCAGUUAUGGGAGGCUAAAGUCAAAUUUGUUCGAAUCAAUCUCUCUGUAGAGAUGCAAUCAGACAGCAUAUCUGGUUUUUGUGACCAAAAGAAAGAGGUUGGAGCAUAUCAAAAUUCAAUGGAUGGCUGUGGCUUCGAAUGGGUGAGGGUUACUUUGACAUCAGAGCCUGGUGUUAAUAUGGAUGAUAUAGUGGAUCAGGAACCACCACGUCGGAAGGAGCAUCGCCGCGUUCCAAGUACUGUAGCUAUUGAGGAAGUUAAGGCAGCAGCAUUAAAAGGAGAAGCACCUCCUGGACUCCCUUUGAAAGGGGCUGGUCAGGAUUCCGAUGCGCAGCCAAAGGUUUGUAAUGGUGGUCUUCCUAAUGCAUGUGAUGCACUAUCCGGUGAACUAUGGGAGGUAAAGAAGGAGAGAAUACGCCAAGCCUCUGCAUAUGGGAAACAACCUGGUUGGGACCUACUCUCUGCAAUUGUAAAGAGUGGUGAUGACUGUAGACAGGAACAUCUUGCUGUUCAACUUAUAUCCCACUUUUAUGAUAUAUUCCAGGAGGCUGGUCUUCCUCUCUGGUUGCGGCCAUAUGAAGUCCUUGUUACAUCAUCGUACACGGCACUGAUUGAAACUAUUCCAGAUACGGCCUCACUUCAUUCUAUCAAAAGUAGAUAUUCUAAUAUUACAAGUCUACGUGACUUUUUUGUUGCCAAAUAUCAAGAAAAUUCUCCAACUUUUAAGCUUGCCCAGAGAAACUUUGUCGAAAGCAUGGCUGGAUAUUCACUGGUUUGCUACCUCCUGCAGGUGAAAGAUAGACAUAACGGGAAUCUGUUGUUGGAUGAAGAAGGUCAUAUUAUUCACAUUGAUUUUGGCUUUAUGCUCUCCAAUUCACCUGGGGGUGUAAAUUUUGAGAGUGCACCAUUUAAGUUAACUCGUGAACUUCUUGAGGUCAUGGAUUCUGAUGCAGAGGGGGUUCCAAGUGAGUUCUUCGAUUAUUUCAAGGUUCUUUGUAUUCAAGGCUUCUUGACGUGCCGUAAACAUGCUGAACGUGUCAUUCUUCUUGUUGAGAUGUUACAGGAUUCUGGUUUUCCAUGUUUCAAAGGGGGCCCUAGAACGAUACAGAACUUGAGGAAAAGAUUUCAUCUUAGUUUAACGGAGGAGCAAUGUGUGUCCUUGGUGCUUUCUUUAAUUAGCAGUAGCUUGGAUGCAUGGAGGACUCGUCAGUAUGACUAUUACCAGAGAGUCCUAAAUGGGAUACUGUGAGGUCAAUCUUGAGAAUGUGUCUUUAGCUGAUUGUAAGACAUGAUGGAUGGAGGGGUUAUCAGCGUGUAUCAUGUUGCUAAUUUGCAGUGACUGUGGUUUUAUACUGAUAGCUAAAAGAUCAUGUGUUUGCUGUUGCUAUCCGGAUAAGAAAUGGUCAAUUGGCAUUCCAAGAUUCAAUUCAUUUGCACCUGGAUUCGGGUUGAUACUGUACAGAAUGAAGGCUAUAAAGGGGAACUGGAAAGGCAACAAGGCAAUGGUUGGGAUCGUUGUGAUUUUUCUAUACGUUCUGGCAUGGAGAUCUGGGUUUGUACAUUUACUAUAUUCCCUAUAUAUUGGGUUAGAAAAACAAUACUCACUUCAGCUAAAAGCUUCUUAGGCAGCAUAGGAAUACGCCAUGUGAUCUUGGGUCUAUAAUUCUUGUGGCACAUCCUUGAUCAGUCAAGCUUUUAAGGAACGCUUGGAGUAACAGAUGUGUAUGUAUAUUAUUAUUGUCACUUGUUCAUGUAGCUCAAUUUCUUGAACGAUGCUUUGUGCAAUUGAAAAUUACCCAUUUCAACAUGGGUGUGUAUUCUUGGUAGACCUGUUAACUGUUGUAAAGUUUGCAUUAAGAUAGGCCACAUUUAUUAUGAUACAUGGUGAUUUUUACCAUUAUUGUCCAUUACAAAGUGUGCUAUUGCAUCAUAUG